CUUACUGGAUACCAGGUGGGAAGCGAACUUGCAGCUUCUGCUCCAAAGUGGUGCCGAAACCCAGGACGGGAGGCACGGCAGACCCAGGAGUGGGCCGUGAGAGGGAGGAGCUGGUGCAAAUGGUGGCCGAGCUGGCGGCGGUGUGGCGCCGCCGGCGGGAAGAGCUGCAGGACCAGACUGAACACCACCUGCAGAGGAUGGAGUAUCUGGCGGCGCUGAUCCAGUCCUGCCCGACACCGCCGCCACUCCCACCGUCCAAUGCCGCUGGGGCGGAGGAGAUCCAGUCUGUGCAGGCGCCCGUGCCGGCCCCCAGGUGGCGACCAGCCAGCACGCAGCCUGCCACAGCGCCCGUUCCUACACCUCGCGUGGGAGCCGCUGGGGCUCGGCAGGGCCCGGUGUCCGUUCCUGCGCCCCGGAAGAAGGCCGAGGAGCCGGCAGCGGCGGAGGCGGUGUGCGAGGAGCCGCUCCAGCGCCGACGGUCCGGGCUGAUCCCCUCUCCCGCUCGCGGUGGGGGGAGUAGGUAG